AUGUUCAUCGAUUCCUACCUUGUGGGCUUGCUGAGUAAAGAGUUCCACGAUCCCCUAAACGUGCGGCAGACGCUAUUCGUAUUUUUGUGUGCGCUUUCGUGUGUGCUAUUCCUGCAGUAUUUAAUACGAUUGGUGUCUCAAAUUAAUAAACUACCACCUGGACCAUGGGGUGUGCCAAUAUUUGGUUAUCUAACAUUUAUCGGACACGAAAAGCAUACCCAGUAUGGCAUACUGGCUAAGAAGUAUGGUUCGUUGUUCAGUGCCAAGCUGGGGGCACAGUUGACCGUGGUUAUUAGUGAUUACAAGAUCAUCCGCGAGACCUUCAGAACAGAAGAGUUCACAGGCCGUCCACAUUCGCCAUUGCUGAAAACAAUAGGAGGUUUUGGAAUUAUCAACAGCGAAGGAGCGCUAUGGAAGGAUCAACGCAGAUUCUUACACGAAAAGCUACGUAAUUUUGGUAUGACUGUGCUUGGCAACAAGAAACAUCUGAUGGAGAGCAGGAUUAUGACUGAAGUAACCGAGUUGUUGCUUACAUUAAGUGCUGUUAGCAAUGAAUCCACUGAUCUCAGUCGCUACUUGUCCGUGUCGGUUAGCAACGUGAUUUGCAAUAUUAUUAUGUCAGUGCGCUUCUCGAUCGACGACCCUAAAUUUAAACGUUUCAAUUGGCUCAUAGAAGAGGGAAUGCGACUAUUUGGCGAGAUACACACAAUCGACUAUAUCCCACAGAUUCAGUAUUUGCCGGGAAAUAUCAAUGCAAAGAAUAAAAUAGCUAAAAAUCGAGAGGAAAUGUUCGACUUUUAUCGCGAAAUUAUAGAGGAACAUAAACGUACAUUUCAAACCGGCAGCAUCCGUGAUAUCGUCGAUGCGUACCUCGCUGAAAUAGAGAAGGCUCGUCUGGAGGGCCGGGAUGCGGAGCUGUUCGAGGGCAAAGACCACGAGAUUCAAAUGAUGCAGGUAAUAGCCGAUCUGUUUUCCGCCGGCAUGGAAACGAUUAAAACCACUCUACUGUGGUUGAAUGUGUUUAUGCUACGACACCCUGAUGCCAUGAAACGAGUGCAAGACGAGCUGGAUCAAGUGGUUGGACGUAACCGACUACCAAAGAUCGAGGACGUUCCAUAUUUGCCAAUUACAGAGACGACCAUUCUGGAAGUGAUGAGAAUUUCAAGUAUUGUACCUCUGGCGACAACUCAUUCUCCGAAGAGCGAUGUAGUAAUUAAUGGGUACACAAUACCGGCGGGAUCUUACGUAGUACCACUGAUAAACAGUGUGCAUAUGGAUCCUAAUCUGUGGGACAAACCAGAUGAAUUUAAUCCAAGCCGUUUCCUAGACGCCGAAGGUAAUGUGCAUAAGCCGGACUUCUUCAUACCGUUUGGUGUUGGCCGACGGCGUUGUCUCGGCGAUGUGUUGGCACGAAUGGAAUUGUUCCUGUUCUUUGCUUCUAUCAUGCAUACCUUUACUAUUGAACUACCUGAAAAUGAGCCGCUACCCAGUCUGAAGGGCAUCAUUGGUGUUACCAUUAGUCCUCAGGCAUUUCGCGUAAAACUUAUACCGCGGCCACUGCAAGUAUCGCUCGAAAAAAUACGGAGCGCAAGCGAUAUCUACUAUUGACAAAGUUCAGCUACGAAAUCGAAAUCCAUCUACUGGAACUUCAGCUAGCGUGAAAUAAAAGCAGUAAACACUGAGCACGGUAUGUUCCUACCCUAUAAAGCAUACGAGGAGUGCCAGCAAACAACGAAA